CAGCCGCCGGUUGGUCAAUUCACAGUCGCGCACCCUCUGGCCAUCAAACGCCAGUUGGUCCAACCACCAGCCAGGGCAGUUCUUGGCCUUGCCAAUCCCCAGCCCACCAAACUGAGCAAUGUUAGGUUAGGAUACCAUUCUGCUCACCAAAUUCUAGGAAGAAUCAGCAUGAUUCUUGUCACCCAAUUGUUUGGGUGCCCCAACAAUUGGGUUACAGGACUGCCAUUUGGUGGACUAGGGAUUGGCGAGGCCAAGGACUGCCCUGGCUGGCGGUUAGACCAACCAGCGCUUGACAACUGGCAGAAUUUCGGAAUUCGGUGUUUGCAAGACAAAAAAGCUUCUCUGCUCGGAGAUCUGCUCAGGUUCACAAUUCGAAUGCGAGUGAUGAAAAUCAUGCUGAAUUUGGAAAACAGGAAAGAGUUGCUGAAGGACGCGGAU